GAUGUACCCUGCAUGUAUAACGCCGUUUGUAAUUAUUAAUUAGCUAAGCUAGUAUCUGCGGUCUGAGCAUUGUUUUUGCAGUAAAAUCAAGUUAAAAAGACGUAUGUAAACGUACUGAAAACUUUUUCUGAUCUCUUUGCAUAGAUUGUAACCAUAAACAGUACACAAUUGGAUAGAUUUUAGCUAUUAACAGUAUACAAUUGGAUUUUUUAUCACAGUGAGAAAUUUCCUAAUACAGUCAGUCCGAAGGUUAACUAGAGUUCAGACGAAUAUUACACAGCGGGCAUUGUGUUCAUCAAAAGAAAAUAGAAUGGAUACCAAAGGAAAUGUCGAGAACACGUCUGAUCAGCCUUUAAGCCCAGAACAAUAUGCAGAGUUUAAAGAAGACUAUGGCACUACGGAGAUUCCAAUAUCACAGCAACCUAUCAGAGCAAAAGACAAUCGAGACAAGAAGAAGAAUAUCGGGGCUGUUCGAAUGGCAGGUUUUUUAUUUUGGCUAAACUUUGCCGGCGUACUGUUGUUGCUUGUUGGGUUUGUUGCGCCUGGUUGGCUCACAGCUAAGACUGACCAGAAAUUGUAUAGAAACUCAUACUCAUAUGAUAGUGGAACUCCUUUACAUUUAUACAAUGUGUACCAGGACUAUGCUCUAUGGUAUAUCACCCAGUGUUAUGAGCACGACGGCAGGAACACUGUGUGUGAAACGAUGACGUACCGAACGAUUGACGAUGUUUAUGGAGAAGAAAAAAGCGAUUAUGAGAAAAUUGAAAUUGGGGAAAUGGAAAAAGUUGGAGACGACCGGUUCAUGUUUCACGGUGCGGGAUUAGUUUUCAGCUAUUCGGAGGUUGUUCGUGUGGAGACACUCUACACAAUUGGACUGUUGAUUGCACUGUUUACACUUUACAAAUUCUACCAGUUUCGUGCCGGUGUGACGGACGGCAAACGUACCAUUCUUAGCAAGUUAAAAUGGGCUUUGCUGUUAAUUCUGACAGUUCUCUCUGUUGUACUGGUGUUGGUUCCAGUGUUUAUGUUUGUCUUAGUACGCGGGAAACUUGAAAAGGAUUAUCAUUCGGAUGUAUACACCCCGUUUGGUUCAGUGUUUGCGGGUAUUGGAGGAGGGAUAAUGGCAUUGGUCCCCAUUUCUAUAUUCAUGCAACUGGUAUGUUGCAGAAACACGGAUGAGUACAUCUGCAGUUGCACGGAUGAGUCUGACGUGGUUGUCGCAGUGGAAGAUGACUAGGCUUUGAAAAGUGUGACGGACGAACUUUCAACUAGGCGGGCAUAUUACAACAACUCUUGGUCAUCAGCUUUUCAGCAACUGACAUGUGAAACAAGCAUUCUUGAAUUUUCAGUUAUUUCCAUGUUAAACAACCGCCUUCGAAUGUUUAAUAACUUACAUGUGAAAGAAGCGCACUUGUUUUAGAAAAAAAAAAAACAGCAGCUAAUUCCCAUAGAGCAAAUGAAAUUUAGUCUCACAGCAAAACUAGAGGAUUGUUGCAAAGAAUCCUUGAAAUUCCUGAGGGUGACUUUUUUUUGUAAUUCACAAAAAAUCAUGUGUUAUGUUCUUUGAUCCUGUUUCAUUUCUUCCUAUCAGUCCAAAGUUGAGGUCCAUAAUUAGGUGAGACAGACUUACUUUCAUAUUUAGCACUGAUCGUAAAAUUCAUGUACAAUUAAAAUAGUUAUGUGCGUUUAAUAAGCCGGAAGUAUUGCGUAGCGUCAAUAACGUAAUAACGUAGAAUAAAACCUGGACUCGGCAUACGGAAAUAAAAUUUAUUUCAUGAUGUAAUUGUCAGUUUACUAAAAGGGCAACGUUACUGUCCAUGUAAAUAUAUAAUUGUUAUUAAAACCUUUGGUACGUUAAAUCAUUUCAAAUAAUGUCUUUAAGUAAAUUUAAUGUUUGCGGAUGUCGUUAAUCAUGAGCAGAUAUCUCGUUUAUUUGCCUGUUUUUUAAGUAUAUUCUGAAAAUUUGUAAAAUCAGGAUUUAACCAAAUUCUACAUUGUAGAAAAUUGUAUGAAUCGAACGUGCAGAACUACCUUUCGCAGCAAAAUUGUUACUAUGCAAAUUUACCUUGAAAGGCCAUUUAGUCUAGUCAUUUGCAACUCUGUUUGCCGAUAUGCAGUUUAUGGACUAGGUCAUACAUCACACAGUUUAUGGACUAGGUCAUACAUCAAACAGUUUUUGGACUAGGUCAUACAUCAGACCGUUUAUGGACUAGGUCAUACAUCAGACGGUUUAUGGACUAGGUCAUACAUCAGACGGUUUAUGGACUAGGUCAUACAUCAAACAGUUUAUGGACUAGGUCAUACAUCAGACAGUUUAUGGACUAGGUCAUACAUCAGACAGUUUACAUCAAACAGUUUAUGGACAAGUUCAUACAUCAAACGGUUUAUGGACUAGGUCAUGCAUCAAACAGUUUAUGGACUAGGUCAUACAUCACACGGUUUAUGGACUAGGUCAUACAUCAAACGGUUUAUGGACUAGAUCAUACAUCAAACGGUUUAUGGACUAGGUCGGAUUAGGUCAUACAUCAAACGGUUUAUGGACUAGGUCAUACAUCAAACAGUUUAUGGACUAGGUCAUACAUCAAACGGUUUGGUUUAAUUUCAAGGCCGUAAACUGGCAUACUAUUAUCUUUGAAUUGAAGAGGAAUGGUGCUUCUAAGGUAGUUUAGUUUUAAAAACUAAUUUACUCAUAAAUAGCAAUUAAGAGUCACAUAAACACACGACUGUUUCUUCUUUUGAUGGUGGAGGAAAGUCUCAUUUUCCAGUCUACAGGACAUUAUUUUAGUCUGGAACUUCUCACGUCGCUUCUUGGAUACUUUGUCAGUGUUCAUAGUUUGACUGUAUUUCUAAGCCUUACGUAUGCCCAAGUCGAAAAUAUCUAUCAAUUAAGAGUCACAUAAACACACGACUGUUUCUUCUUUUGAUGGUGGAGGAAAGUCUCAUUUUCCAGUCUACAGGACAUUAUUUUAGUCUGGAACUUCUCACGUCGCUUCUUGGAUACUUUGUCAGUGUUCAUAGUUUGACUGUAUUUCUAAGCCUUACGUAUGCCCAAGUCGAAAAUAUCUAUCGUAUACAAUGCCAGGAACCGUGCUAUUUAGCAUAACAGACCGUAAAUCCUUGAAAAUGACAGCUCUUUUGGGUAUGACGUCAUUGCACGGGCUUAAUAGCUGAUAAUUAGUUUUUUUGAAAAGUGGAAACGGUUAGAAAAUUAACCUCUCAUACCAGUUAUAUAUGAGUUUGAUAGUUUUUGUUGCUUACGUACAUCAGAAGGCCUUACCCAUUUGAAAAUAGUAUAGAAAUAACGACUUUAUUUACAUUAUCUUAAUUUUUGCAUUUGAACUCUUUUGACAUUACUUGAAACUUCAUUUGUGGUUGUUUACGUUAAGCUCAGGAAGCAGAGUGAUGCACUGCCUUAACAAGUUGUCUUGUUGACAUAACUGAGCGCCGCUGUUUGAAAAUUGCGACCAGUAUGGACCUAGAUAGGCCUACGCAUUCAUGUUGUCUGAUCAGGACCAGUAUACUGUUCGUUCAUCAGUUGCAUACAAGAAACGAUCAGCAUGGAUAAAAGAAUGUGUGCACACUGAUCUUGAUCAAUGCAUGCUAGUGUCGAAGUGCUGACGUAGGUUUUGACACAGCAGCGCACAUAUUUUCUUUAAGUGUUGUGCCUUCUGAAAUAUUCAGUGACAUUGAUAUAUAUAUUUCAUAUUUACUAUCUUACAGUUUUAUAAAUAAUGUAUUGUUUUCUAGUCAUUUUAUCUUUAUGACUUAGUUUAUUUGUUAUGUAGUCGAGUUAUACAUUCGUAGUAUGUUGUAACAUGUUUUCGUACUCCUCUGGUAUACAAAUUCGAAGUUUAUCGGGAAGCUGCUUUUAAAGUUAAAUGCAAGAAAGUUUGUGCAAUUAAUAUUAUAAUCUUGUUUGAAAAGGAAUAUGAUGUAAAUAUCAGAAAUGAAACCUCUUUUGGUGUUCAUGCGACAUGAACGAAAGAAUAGGAUCAGUUUUUGCUGUUGUUUUUGUUGUUAUUGUUAUUCUUGUUGUCUUUUUCAAGCAUAAAUUUAAACCAGCAGCUUGUGAUGGGCCAGCUGAAUACUUUCCUUGAUACAAAAACAACUGUAUUCUCGCAGUUACAACACUUGUAAUUAGAUUACAUUUACGUACAUGUGCAUGAUACAGUAAACAUUUUAUCAGAAAUAAAUUGCUGUUUUAAGAAUA